UAUGUUGCUUAUGUUCCGUUCAGUACGUGGACUCCUGCAUGAUUUCUGCGUAAGGAAACAAACACAAAAGGAGGAGAAGGAGGUGGAGGUGGAAGAGGAGGAGAUUGAAUGUUGAUGUGUUUCUCCGUGCAUGUUGGUUUUCAAACGAAGAUCUGAGAGACGGAACAGAAUUCACCGUGAAGAAGAAGCAGAAAGAAACAGAAGCAGAAAGAAACAGAAGAAGUAUGAGGAUCGGGCAGACGUGACUACUGCGGAAACUGUGCACAACUUAUUAGAACGCGAGCACACUUAUAGUUAAACACGCACGGCUACGUUUGUGACGUACACAUGUCACACAGAGUGGUUUUGUAAAAAAAAAAAAGGGGGAAAACAUGAUUCUGGGGAGAUUUCAGCCCGGACCCUGCAGGAUAUGGUUCUCCAGGGUGUCUCUGAAGCAGGAGCUGUGUUUCUCCUCGGUGCCUCCUCAGCCGGUGCCUCCUCUGGCCCACACCUUACAGGGCUACCUGAAGGCCCUGGAGCCUCUGCUCCCUCCCGAGGAGCUCAGCCACACCUGCAGGAUGGUGCAGGAGUUCGGGCGACCGGGCGGCCUGGGAGCUCGUCUGCAGAAGGGCCUGGAGAAGAGAGCGAGAAACACCAAGAACUGGAUCGCAGACCGGUGGGUCCAGUGGGCGUACCUGGAGAGCAGACAGCCUCUGCCCGUUCACUCCAGCCCAGCUAUUUCUCUGCCCCGGAGAGAUUUUAAUGACUGGAGGAGCCAACUAGUGUUUGCAUCCAAACUGAUCGCAGCUGUUCUGGACUUCAAGAGCAAAAUAAAAAGUGGCCACCUCCCAGUGGACUACAUGAGAGGGAAGCCCCUGUGCAUGGAGCUGUACCCGCUCCUCUUCUCCUCCUGCAGGAUCCCGGGGCCCAAACACGACUACCUAGCACACUACGGCCGCUCACGCGCCCCAACGCACAUCACAGUGGUCAGGAACUACCAGUUCUUUCAGCUGGAGGUGUACAACAGUGACGGCACUCCUCUGACAGAGAGUCAGAUCCACAGUCAGCUGCUGAGGAUCCGAUCUCAGUCCUGGAAGACCGACAAGGAACCGAUGGGAAUCCUGACCAGCGAGCACCGCCACACGUGGGGAGAGGCUUACAACCGGCUGCUGAGAGAUAAACUGAACAAAGAGUCAGUGAAGCUGAUAGAGACAGGACUUUUCUCCUUAUGUCUGGACUCUCCAGUGAUGAGGAUAUCAGAUGAAAAGUACGCCAGCCGUAAAGCAGCUCAGGUAUUGCACGGGGGCGGGACCUUCUCCAACAGCGGCAACCGCUGGUUCGACAAAACACUCCAGUUUGUGGUUGGCGAGGACGGUUCCUGGGGCCUUCUGUAUGAACAGGCCACUGCUGAAGGUCCACCUGUGGCUACGCUGCUGGACCACAUCCUUCACUACUGUGAGACACCUGACCCCAAGAGAGCGCCGUUGGUUCCUCUGGCCAUGCCCAAAAAACUUUACUUCCACAUUGACCGGGACAUAAAAAGGGACAUUGAGCACGCCAAGCAGAACCUGGACAUAUUGAUCAACGAUCUGGAUGUCAACGUGUUCAACUUCAAGAAGUUUGGUAAAGAACUCCCCAAGACGCAGGGCCUGAGUCCAAACUCCUUCUUCCAGGUGGCGCUGCAGCUGGCCUACUACAGGGUUCAUAACGAGGUGUGUCCCAGCUGUGACAUCGCGUCUCAGCGGAUGUUCCGUGGAGGAAGAACUGAAUAUGUUCGCUCUCCAACGAAAGAGGCUCUGAAGUUCAUACAGGCCUUCGAUGAUCCAAGUGUUUCGAGAGAAGCGAAGCUGGAGCUGUUCAGACAUGCAGUGAACGCCCACUCAGCCCUGACCGACCUGACACUCAAAGGACUCGGCAUAGAGCGCCACCUGCUGGGAUUGAAGCUGCAGGCCAUCGAGGAAGGACUGAGCAUCCCUAAAAUCUUCAUGGACACGGCGUACGGGUUGGCAACACACUGGAAACUCCGGACAGGACAGGUUCCUGCAAACACCGACAGCGUGAUGUGUUUCGGACCCCUCGUCCCUGACGGUUACGCCAUCUGCUACAACCCUCAGGCCGACCACGUCCACUUCUCCAUCACCGCCUUCAACUGCUGCGAGGAGACUCACGCAGAGACAUUAGCGCUCACACUGAAGGACACCUUGUGUCAGUUACAGGAGCUGCUGCAGCCUACUGUGUAGAGCUGCAGUGACAGUACAUGGUACAUGAUGUACUCAGACAACAGGAUCUACCCACUCGUCCGCACAUGCCAUAAAAAGACACUUUAUUUCCAUCGAACCCUAAUUUUGGAUUUUCUUUUUUUUCUUUCCUUUCAUGCAUGCCACUGAAUAUUUGAAAACUCUGUAAAAAAAGGAGUUUUCAAGGUGCUUUUUUAAAAAGCUUUAAAUUUUGUAGCAAAAAGAGCUGAGCGGAAUUAUGGCUGUUACAGGGUUUCACCUCUGAGUGAAAGCAGAACAAAAGUUGAAGCCAAGCAGAUACUCCAGCUGAUCAAGCCAAAGCGUGUGUUUGAAGUGACAGCAUUAAUUUUCUCCAAGUCACCUGAUGAAUAGUAGAGGAUCAAUGGAUGGGAUUUAAAAGGACCAAUCAUGUGAAAGCUGGUUGAGUCUUUGACAGAGAAAUAAGCUUUGAAGAACUUAUCUCCCACUGUUGUUAUUAACUAAACCUUUACAUAAAAGUGAAAAGGCGUUAGCCGCUGUAGUCAAGCCUGUUGUUUUACCUCCUACAGGUCUGAUUAAUAAAGGCGUUUUUUCCAUGUA